CUCUACUUUUAUACAUACACUCACACCAUGCAAAUAUUUUAUGUAUUUACUUUGGUGUUGGUAGUGUUAGCAUCUCUUUAUCCUUUGUCCAGUGCCCAACAGAGUUGUAACUUAAGAAAUUGUAGUCGUACAAAUGUUGAAAUAUGUACCACAAAUGGUCGACAGUGUAGACGUUUUUCUAAUGAAUGUUCUUUAGUAAGUGCAAAUUGUAAUGCCACAUUAGCAACAGUAUGGAAUCAAACGGAUACAAUACAAUGCUUAAACUUAAGUGUAAAUGCAACGGGUGCCUGCUCUUGUCCAGCAUUAAGAACUUGUUCGAAUCAAACGACAGCCACAGGAAUUUGUGUACAUCGAGAUGGUCAUGCAUGUCGUUUAUUUAGAACAGAAUGUGAUUUGGUUAGAGCUCGUUGUAAUAGAGAAGGUAAGUCCACAAAAUUACAAAAGAACUACUCAAUAUUAUGA